GUCCAGAAGAGGGAGCCCAAGUCCCUUGAUUGUGGUGACGCGCUUUACGUCAUGCAGUAAAGAUGGCGACUUAUUGAAGAGCAUCAUGCUUUAUUGUUGAUAACAUAAUAUUUUGUUAUUUUACCACAUAAACUCACACCGGGAUCGGAAAAAUGUCAAGAUUAAUAGUCAAGAAUCUCCCAAAUGGGAUGAAGGAUGAUCGCUUCCAUAAGAUGUUUGCGGAUUUUGGGACGCUUACAGAUUGUACGUUGAAAUUCACCAAAGAUGGCAAAUUCCGCAAAUUUGGAUUCGUAGGUUUCAAGGCUGAAGAGGAUGCAAAGAAAGCUCUGAAACAUUUCAACAAGACCUUUGUGGACACAUCUAGAGUUACUGUGGAAUUCUGCACAGAUUUUGGAGACCCAAACAAAGCCAGACCAUGGAGCAAACACACACGCCAACCAUCAUCAAACAAAGUUACAGAAGAACCAAAAUCACGUGAACAGCUAGAAAAGGAGGAAAGUUCACUGAAGCAGAAGAAGCCUUUGAAUGUUCUUCUUGGAGAUCUUGAAAAAGACAAGAGCUUCCAGGAGUUCCUGGCUGUGCACCAGAAGCGCUCACAGGUGCCCACAUGGGCCAAUGACACUGUGGAAGCGGCUUCUUUUGGAGCUGAAAAAGAGAAGAAGGAGAAGAAGGAGAAGAAGGAGAAGAAGGAGAAGAAGAAGGAGAAGAAGGAGAAGAAAGCGGCUGUUAGUGAUGAUUACCUGAACUUUGACUCUGAUGAAUCAGAGCAACUGAGUGAAGAUGAGGAUGCUGCUGAUGAUGAGGAUGCUGCUGAUGAAGAGGACAAACAAGAAACAGAUAAGAAAGCCUUGAAGAAAGAUCUAUCUGAUAUGGACUAUCUUCGCUCCAAAAUUGUGGAGAAAUCAGACAUGGUGGAUAAGAAAGAGAUGGAAAAAGGUGGUCACAGUGCCAGUGCUGCCGAUAAGGAUGAGGAUGAGGAGAAAGAAGAGGAUGAGGAGAAAGAAGAGGAAGAGGAUGAGGAAGAGUCCCCGGUCCAGCACACAGACACUGCAUAUGAGAAUAUUGAUAAGACAAGCAGCAAGAACAGCACAAAACCAGCAGCCCAGAACAUGAUGGAGCCGAGAACAGAGUUCACAGUCAAGCUACGAGGUGCUCCAUUCGGCGUCAAAGAGCAACAAGUCAGAGAAUUUAUGAUGCCUUUGAAACCUGUUGCCAUUCGAUUUGGAAAAAACAGUGGCAGACGCAACUCGGGUUACGUGUAUGUGGACCUGCGAUCGGAGGCAGAGGUUGAGAGUGCCCUGCGCCUGAACAGAGACUACAUGGGGGGGCGCUAUAUUGAAGUGUUCAGAGCCAACAACUUUAAAAAUGAUAGAAAGUCUGUGAAGGAAAGCAAGAAGGAAAGAAAUUUUGUGAGUGAGCUGAAGGCCGACGAGGAAGAGGAAGACGUGGCGGAAUCGGGAAGACUUUUCAUCAGGAACCUGCCUUACACAUGCACUGAAGAAGAUCUGAAAGAAGUCUUCGUCAAGCAUGGUCCUCUUUCUGAGACGCUUUUCCCUAUAGACAGUCUGACUAAGAAGCCCAAGGGCUUUGCCUUUGUGACAUACAUGAUACCAGAGAAUGCAGUCUCAGCCUUGGCUGAACUGGAUGGCCACGUAUUCCAGGGGCGGGUUCUGCAUGUCAUGGCUUCAAGACUGAAGAAGGAAAAUCCCGAUCAAGGGCCAAACGCUCCAGGCAGCUCCUCAUAUAAGAGAAAGAAAGAUGCCAAAGACAAAGCAGCCAGCGGCAGCUCUCAUAACUGGAAUACGCUGUUUUUGGGCACGAGUGCAGUGGCCGAUGCUAUUGCUCAGAAAUACAACACAACCAAGAGCAAAGUGUUAGAUCACGAAUCUAAUGGCAGUCUGGCUGUGAGGAUGGCCCUCGGAGAGACACAGAUUGUACAAGAGACCAGACAGUUUCUCCUGGACAAUGGAGUGUCCCUGGACUCAUUCAGUCAGGCAUCAGGUCAGCGCAGUAACUCUGUGUUGCUGGUGAAGAACUUGCCCUCAGGAGUGCAGGUUGGAGAGCUUGAGGCUCUGUUCUCACCCCAUGGAUCUCUGGGAAGAGUUCUGCUGCCCCCAUCUGGCCUCACUGCUAUAGUGGAGUUCCUGGAGCCCACAGAAGCCAAACGGGCCUUCAUGAAACUUGCAUACACCAAGUUCCAGCAUGUUCCUUUGUAUCUGGAGUGGGCUCCUGUAGCGGUCUUUACAACUCCCCCAACACCUAAACCAGAGCCUCGAACCAAAGAUGCAUCUGCUGAGAACAAUGACUCAACUAAAAAGGAAGAGGAGGAAGAGGAUGAGGAGGAGGAAGAGCAGAUUUUGCCUGGCUCAACUCUCUUCAUCAAGAACCUCAACUUUAACACUUCAGAGGAAACAUUACACGAGACAUUCUCUAAAUGUGGUGUGGUGAAAAGCUGCACAAUAUCAAAGAAGAGAGAUAAAACAGGUAAAAUGUUAUCAAUGGGUUAUGGCUUUGUGCAGUACAAAACUCCAAAGGCAGCACAGAAAGCCAUGAGAAAGCUGCAGCACUGCACAGUUGAUGAGCACCAGCUUGAGCUGAAAAUAUCAGAAAGAGAAUUCAAGUCAGGUGUGGCGGACCCCAAGAGGAAAAAGCAAACCGCCAGGAAACAGACGACUUCUAAGAUUCUGGUGCGAAACAUCCCCUUCCAGGCCACGGUGAAAGAACUGCGAGAACUCUUCUGUACAUUUGGAGAGCUGAAGACAGUCCGCCUGCCAAAGAAAGGGAUCGGUGGAGCCCACCGUGGUUUUGGCUUCAUUGACUUCCUCACUAAACAGGAUGCCAAGAAAGCGUUCACGGCGCUGUGCCACAGUACCCAUCUGUACGGCAGGAGGCUGGUGUUGGAGUGGGCAGACGCAGAGGAGACUGUGGACGACCUGCGACGAAAAACCGCACUGCACUUUCAUGAUGCUCCUAAGAAGCGGAAGAAGGCGGAGGUGUUAGAGGGAAUCUUGGAGCAGAUGGAGGUCGGGGAUGAAGACGGGGAGUGAAUAGCAGCCGUCAGUCACCUCCAGCAUCAAUAAGAGAGUAAAUCAUCCAGUGGAACUCCAUUUAUCUCUAUUAUGACUCCGUCUUAAACAGCUGCUUCACGGUCUCUUCAGGAAUUCUUCCUUUUGGCCCCAGAUGCUCCCAAUUAGCUUUUUAUUAUAUGCUCAUACAUCAUCCCUGUUAUUGCUGUCAAUGUAUUAAACACAGCGUCUCCCCGCAGACCAACUCCGGCUGAAGGUGAACUCGACGACGAAGUCCUUUUGGAAAAGAUGCCCAAAGGCCACGUUCGCUUUAGCUGUUUUUAAUCGUCACGGAGGGCCGAGACAUUUCAAACUGAAGAUAAAAAUGGACACUGUUUGCUUUUAACAUGAUUUUUUGACACAUAAUUUGUCUGUUCUUGACUAAGAAUAAUUACAUAAUAAUGUAAAAUCUAAGUACGUAUAUUUAUGCAUUGUCGUUCGACGGUCUUUUCCAGUCUGUGGCUCCCUAAUUUGAACACUGGUCAAUGAUUGAUUCAAGAAAUGACAAGUGCUUUCAUAUUGUUGGGAUCAUACUGUUUAUUGAUGUAACAAUAAAUAAUUUGUCUGGAAA